AUGUCUCCAAAACUCCCCCUCCCCCUCCCAGAACCCCUCGCCUCAAUCCCGCGCCACACUCUCCUCUACCCAUUCCUCUUCUCCCCAAUCCACCCACUCCCCUCUCUCUCAUCACAUCUCAACAAAAGCAGAGCUGGCAACAAAAGCCAAGACAGAACUAGAAGGGAAGCCCAAGUCUCCCUUUACACAAAACGCGAAGACCAUUCCUCCCCGCUCGCCUGCGCAGGGAACAAGUACCGCAAACUAGAGUACAUCGUCCCCGACAUCCUCUCUUCGCAACCGAGGUUCGGCGCUGGUGUUGGUGGUGAACUUCCCGCGAUUCCCAGCUCCGCCGGUAUUCCUAAGGGUGGAGAUGAAUCUCGAGAUAGAAGGAUAACGACCCUCGUAACAGAAGGUGCCCUGCAGAGCAACCACACCGUCCAAGUCGCCUCCGUCGCGCGCAAGCUUGGUCUCGAGUCUGUUGUCCUCUUGCACAAGGGGACGGGCGGUGGAUUACGAAGUUCAUCGGACCCAGCGGCGUUUUCCAGGACGGGGAAUGUCCAGAUCGUCAAGUUGUUGGCUAGUGAUGUGAGGAUUCUGGAUCCGCCGGAACCAGAUCUGGUCUCGGGAGAGACGAAGACGCAGGAUGAUCUUGUUGAGGAGGUGCUACAGGGUUUGAGGAGUGAGGGCAAGAAUCCGUAUUGGAUUCCGUCGGGGGCGAGUUUGCACCCGCUCGGUGGGUUGGGGUAUGCGAGGUGUGCGUUUGAGAUUGCAGCGCAGGAAAAGGAGAUGAGUGAUGAGCUACUACUCCAUGACUCUUCCUCUGCCCUAUCCUCCGGUCAACGGGGUCUCGCAUCCGGCAGGUUCGAUUACAUCCUCGUUGCGUGUGGAAGCGGAAGUACACUGGCCGGGUUAAUCGCAGGUUUCAAGCUCCUCGAGAAGACGCAGCAGCACCACCACCAGCAACAGUUAACAAAUACAGGGCCCCGCCGAAUAAUCGGAAUCCUCACGUCGCCCACACAGCCAAAACCCUACCACGAAGAACGCAUCCUGCGGUUCGCGCGGCAAGCGGGCUCGUUAAUUGGGCUAGACCCGGAGAAAGAUAUCACGAUGGCUGAUGUCCGGCUGGAUGAUCGGUUCGUCGGCUCGGGGUAUGGUAUCCUUGAUCCUGGGACGAAGGAGGCGUUGGAAUUUGUGACGGAGAAGGAAGAGGUUAUUUUGGAUCCGGUGUAUACGGCCAAGGUGAUGAGGGGGGUUAUGGGUUGGAAUUUCGAGGAUGAAGGGGAGCAAGGGCAUGUUAACGCGCUAUUCAUCCAUACAGGGGGACAAUCUGCUCUUGGGGCAUACGUGGACACUUGA